AUGAAGAUGACUGUUGUUGGUGAACUUAUUAAUGGGGGAACAUCUGAGAGAGACGUCGAUCCUUCUCCAAGUGCUAUUGGAACUGAAUUCGCACGUCAGUACUAUACUCUGCUUGCUGCAUCUCCGAGCAGUGUUCACAGAUUUUAUAGUCAUGAAAGCUCUCUCAUCUUGAAUGAUAGAACCAUCGUGGGACAACAGAACAUAGGCAGAUCCAUCGAAGAACUUGUUGGUGAAGCAUGCCGCAUUAAAAUCACUUCCAUUAAGGGGCUUGCCACUUUCAAUGGUGGUAUUGUUCUUCAAAUUUUUGGAGAAAUGAGUGGCAAGCGAUUUGUACAAACUUUCAUCCUUGGGCAACAAGGUGCGAAGAAGUAUUAUGUCCAAAAUGAUCUUUUCCACUUUGUUGACCAAGUCUACGCUUGUGCUAUAAGUGAUACUGGCAACAGUACACCCGUUGAGCCUGAGAAACCAAAGCCUAUCGUCAACGGAUCUGUAAGAAAGGUUCCCGAAGAGAAAGUUGUUCCACCUCAAGUUGAGAAAGUUUCAUCCACCAAUGACCGUUCUCUAAACACCAGCAUUGAGGAGAAGGUGCACAAGCACAAGCAUUCUAAGAAGGAUGAAACACCAAGAAAGAAGGAAGAAACACCUAAGAAGAAAGAGGAAACACCUAAAAAAGAGGAAGAGCGCGCACCUGUCGAUGACAGCCCAAAAACUUGGGCUAAAUUGGUCGGUCAGUCUAAAACCACUGUUCAACCUUCAUCAGUCCCUGCACCUGUUAUAAAAGCUCAACCAAAGCCUUCUCCAUUAAAGGCUCAAGUAAAUGCCGGUAAUACUACUAUUAAUACCCGUCCUCAGCAACCAAGCGUAACUACUCAUCAAAUCUACGUAGGUGGAAUCAUUCGUAACAUUGUUCCAGCAACUACUGGUGCUGCUGAACAGGAAAUUCGUGCUGCUUUCUCUAAGUAUGGAACUGUUGAAAACGUUGCCGUUCCCAGAAAAGUUCUUGAUAACCCAAGUGACAUGAGUAAGCAUGGCUUCGCUUUCGUCACCAUGAAGACACAAGAGGAUAUUCAAAACGCUAUCCAAGCAGCAAGAAAAGAUGAACGUGGACAUCAUUUCCAGAUUAAGCUUGAUUCUUUCGGCUUUGAUGGUGAGGUCCUUAUAUCAGAACAGAAGGGAGAUAGAGAACGUACGGGUUUCCGUAGCCGUGGAGGAUUCUCUGGGCGUGGAAAUAACUUCAACGCUCGUGGAGGAAGAGGAGGCAGAGGAGGUUUUAGAGGUGGCCACAAGCCCUUCCCGAUCCCACUUCAAUCUUGUAAAUUUAAACUGGUUCAUAUUAGCACGUUCUUGUUCUAA